AUGGGUUCAGCAGUUAAAAAUGUUGACAUAUUGUCUUUUGACGGUGGUGGAAGUCGAGGUGUGAUGGAAGUGUUUAUCUUGAAUGACGUUUUGCGGUUGGCAACAAUUGUGUUGAGAAAUCCCUGGACAUUGAAUUAUCUUGUAAAGGAAAGUAAUGAUGAAAGCAAAGUAAAUUUCUUGGAAAAUCGUGCAGUUCGAAAACGUCUGAUCAAUGAUUUGAAAGCAGUCAAAGAUCCCAUUCAUCCUGCCGAUAUUUACGAUAUGAUAGUUGGUACCAGUACAGGUGGCCUUGUUGCGUUUGGUUUGAUUGGUGGAAAAAGAGUUGGAAAAGAUCACCAUGAAAGAGAACGGAUGAGUGUUGAUGAAUGCAUUCAGAUGUAUCUUACAAAAACCAAGCUCAUCUUUAAAAAGUCGUGGAUGCAAUUUUUUCUUUCUUUUUUUCCAAUAUUGUCCAGCAUUCCUUUUGAAACAUAUUCACAAGCCAACGUAAAGAAAGUUUUGACGGAUCAGUUUGGAGAUUGUAACUUGGAAGAUUUUCACAAAAUCAACGGUUCGAAAUGUGUUGCUGGUGCUGUGGCUAGAAAGCUUGGUAGCAAGCAAAAACUGGAACUAUUCGAUACAGCAAGCGAAGACUAUGAACUUUACAAAACUUACCAAGUUCUGCUCGCAACCUCAAAUGUGCCAGUUUACUUUAAUACACCUGUCCAUAUUGGCAAUGAAGAUUUUGUCGACGGAGGUGUUGGUGGAAAUUGUCCCUUGGCACAAGCGAUUCCGCGAGCAAUGAAACUAUUCGGAAAAGGUGGUGAACGCGUAAGAGUAACUUCUGCUUUGUCCAUUGCCCCUCCUUCGUAUUCCGAAUCGGAAAUUCCUGAAAGCCUUUCAAAUUGGUUGCAUUAUUUUGUAAACAAAACAAUUGAUGGCAAUGCAAUAUUCAAAAAUGUUGUUAAAAACAAUAGGAAAACUUCGUUUCAAAGGUUAUCUCCACGUGGUGAGAGCUUGAAAAAAAUUUCAACUGGAUGA